AUGGCGCCUUCGGUAGAUCCUUCACAGUGGACUUAUACAGACUAUGUCUGCUUCCUUCGGUCGCAUGGCUUUCACAAUCUAGGUGUUCUGGACGAGUACCUUGAAUGGGGUCUUGCAGCUCGGAACUCGCCUGGCGUGCGACAGCCCGAGUUCUCAAGAACUAUGCUUCUCGAAUUCACUAAGAACACCACUCGACUUUCAGAUCUCUCAGACCUCAGCAAACUCAGGCUACUGUUGAGGGAAUGGACGAGACCGUCAUCACCCUCAUCACCUGGUGGUGUUGGCCCAACUGGACGCACCAUUUUAAUAGAGAACCCAGCUCCGGCCCUCAUUGACACACUCGGAGGCCUUCUCAACAUUGAUCCUACCUUCUUCGCCAACCACCUAGACGAUUCGACUAUGAAUGUCUCCUCUGACAGUAGCGCAACCGCACCUCUUGCCUCAACUACCGCUCGCUUACAACGCGACUUCUUCACGCUCGACUACCUAACAACUUUCAUUCCACUACAUUGUCCCAAAGACGCCGAGGAUCUCGCUCUCCAAUGUAAGAGCAACUAUCCCCGGCGCAUCGAGCUCAUUCAAAAGCAUGGUCGUCAAAAAGUCGCCGUCGCACGUCGGAAGAUCUCUUUCUACCUCCGCAAAUCAAAGUCGUCCCAGCCAUGGCUCUCCAUCAUACUCGUCGACCCACCCAUAUCCAAGUUCACUGCCUCCUUCAGCUCAUUCGGCAAUGUGACACCCUCCCAGCAAUUCCCCAUUCUGCCAUAUCAGGGAGGCUACCUGGACUUCAUCGAAAUGCGUAAGCCCUUGAGCAAACUAGCGCACGAUUUCCGCGACUGCCGUGAUCGUCAUUCAUCGCCAUCCCCUUUCGACGACCUCAUCCGGCACUUCCAAAUCCAGUGUCGCGACGGCCUGUUCCUCAGCACUCCCCAGAGCCUGGCAACCUACAUGCGUCCAUGCGUGCAGCUCGCUGCCGCCGAAACCUCCACUUUUCUAUCAUUCCUUUCAACGAUCCUGUCUCAGCCUCUUCCCACACACGCCACCAGCACGACCCCACUCCGCCGCGCCCUCGAUCGCUGCAUAGCCCUCGACACCCUCCUCAGCUCUUUCAAGCCACGCCUGUCGCAAUCGAAAGACUUUGUCUCCUCUGCCCCCGCUCCGCAAGACCUUCAAGCCGACUACCGUGGCCUGCUCAGCACGCUACACCACCAUCGCGGGACCAUCGAUGCGCAGCUUCAACAAAUCACCACACUGCUACAAACGCUGGAAGCUGGAGCGCUGAGUUCGCUGACAGCCGAGUCGACGCGGCGCGCGGACUACCUGCGCUACCUCGUAAUCCUGAGUUUGGUGUAUCUACCCUUCGGCAUCGCAUACAUCGUAUUCUCGCUGCCAACGGAGCUGGCGCCGGCACGGCACUACCUCGGCGCCUGGGUGCCCGUGACAGCAGCCGUAGCCGUGCUCUUUGUCCUACUGGUGCUACCAGAGGCGCGCGAAGCCAUCUUCGGGACGCUGGGCGCACGAGCUUGCGGCGGUCUUACGAGCCGGAAGCUGCUGCGCGGGGAACGGUUCAGGAGGAACAAAAACGGGGUGCGGACGUGGUUGAAUAGCAGUGGGAGAGAUGAAGAGAAUGACAGUGUAAGGCCUGAGACGGCGGGAACUUGGGCCACAGGUGGUGACGGGAGCCUGCGGACGAAGGCCUGGAACGAGGUGUAG